CCUUAAGUGAAGAAAGCGAAUCGGCCAAAUGUUUACUAAAGAUGACUAAGAAAGUAUUAGAGCAAAAUGCUUCUAUUAUGGAAAAACAAGAAGCAUUAGAAGUUAUGCUAAGUCAACUUACUAAUAGUGUCAAGGAUUUACGAUCUUCAUACAACCUGGACGUGAUAGUCGAAGAAGAUGACAAAACGUACUUUCAGAUGGUUGCUAAACGGGUUUUUGGAAGACAACCUACCAAAAAUCAGUAUGCAGUAACACAUGCCAUCUUACAUAAUCUGUUCAACUCUGAAAUUACAAAAAUUAAGUUUGACAAAAAAUAUUUAACGUGA